CUCCUUCCAUCAUUCUUCCUUGCUUCAAAAACAGACCUCUCCUCUCUUCCGAAGGCUUCCACAACUCAGAAACCCUAUUUUUCGGAGUUUUACGUCUGAUUGUAUUUCUCCAGCAGGGCACUGUAGCACCAAAUUUCCUUCUAGAUUUGUUGUGGUGGUUAGAUUUCAAGAUGGUGUCCGACGCAAGCAAGAAGAAGGCUGCUCAGAAGAAGGCUGCUGCGGCUGCAAAGAGAGGAGGGAAGGCCGCUGCAUCUUCCAAGGCGGCAGCUGCAGCGACCGCGGAGAACGGCGUUGAUAAUGCUUCUGAUAAAGUUAGCAUGCUCCAGAUAUCCGAUCGGACCUGUACUGGUGUUCUCUGCUCGCAUCCUCUUUCCAGAGAUAUUCGUAUAGAGUCCUUAUCAGUUACUUUCCACGGACAUGAUCUUAUUGUUGAUUCAACAUUGGAGCUUAAUUAUGGCAGACGCUAUGGUUUGCUAGGAUUAAAUGGUUGUGGGAAAUCCACGCUGCUUACUGCAAUAGGGUUGCGUGAACUUCCAAUUCCGGAGCACAUGGAUAUCUAUCACCUGACGAGGGAGAUUGAAGCUUCAGAUAUGUCUGCAUUGCAGGCUGUCAUAAGUUGUGAUGAAGAGAGGUUGAAGUUGGAGAAAGAAGCAGAAAUCUUGGCAGCACAGGAUGAUGGUGGUGGAGAGACACUUGAACGUAUCUAUGAGCGAUUGGAUGCCUUGGAUGCAUCAACUGCUGAGAAACGUGCUGCUGAAAUUUUAUUUGGCCUCGGUUUCAACAAGAUGAUGCAGGCAAAGAAAACCCGAGAUUUCUCUGGUGGUUGGAGAAUGAGGAUUGCAUUGGCACGGGCUCUAUUCAUGAAUCCCACCAUUCUUUUGCUUGAUGAGCCAACCAAUCAUUUAGAUUUAGAAGCUUGUGUCUGGUUGGAAGAAAAUUUGAAGAGAUUUGAUCGUAUCCUUGUUGUGGUAUCACAUUCCCAGGAUUUCCUGAACGGAGUUUGUACGAACAUUAUCCAUAUGCAAAACAAAAAACUUAAGUUGUACACUGGCAAUUACGAUCAGUACGUUCAAACUCGUUCUGAAUUGGAAGAGAACCAGAUGAAACAAUACAAGUGGGAGCAGGAACAGAUUGCUUCAAUGAAGGAGUACAUUGCUCGCUUCGGUCACGGGUCAGCCAAACUAGCCCGGCAGGCACAGAGUAAGGAGAAGACAUUGGCAAAGAUGGAGCGAGGUGGACUCACGGAGAAGGUAGUCAGGGACAAGGUUCUGGUGUUUCGAUUUGUUGAUGUCGGAAAACUUCCUCCACCGGUACUGCAGUUUGUGGAAGUUACUUUCGGAUACACGCCUGAGAAUCUGAUCUACAAGAACUUGGACUUUGGGGUAGACUUGGACUCAAGGAUAGCAUUAGUAGGACCUAAUGGUGCAGGGAAGAGUACACUGCUGAAACUGAUGACAGGUGAAUUGACUCCUAUUGAUGGAAUGGUCCGACGGCAUAACCAUCUGCGAAUUGCGCAAUUCCAUCAGCACUUGGCAGAGAAACUGGAUAUGGAAAUGUCAGCUCUCCAGUACAUGAUAAGAGAAUACCCUGGAAAUGAGGAAGAGAAGAUGAGAGGUGCAAUCGGGAAGUUUGGAUUGUCAGGGAAAGCGCAAGUGAUGCCAAUGAAGAACCUAUCCGAUGGACAGAGGAGUCGAGUCAUCUUCGCGUGGUUAGCAUUUCGACAACCCCACUUGCUGCUGCUAGAUGAGCCCACUAACCAUUUGGAUAUCGAGACGAUCGAUUCACUGGCGGAAGCAUUGAACGAGUGGGACGGUGGGUUGGUACUGGUGAGUCACGAUUUCCGGCUGAUAAACCAGGUAGCCGAGGAGAUAUGGGUGUGUGAAAAUCAAGCUGCAACACGAUGGGAAGGGGACAUCAUGGACUUCAAGCAGCAUCUCAAGAGUAAAGCUGGUUUAUCUGAUUGAAACAAAGUAGUAAUUAGCAUAUAACUUUAAAGCAGAUGGUGUCCACCACCCCAGAUGAGUUAUUCUCGCGUGGUGGAUUAAGCUAGUAGCCGCUAUUUAGUAUUUUUAUAGAGCAGAGGUAACGAGGAAAGGCUUUGUUAUUGUUUGAAGCCAUCGAGUUUUCGUGACCUCUGUUUGGUGGGUUUAGCAAAGCAGGAUUUGUUGCCAUUUGGUUUUUUAAACCUGGGUUUGCUUUCUCCGAGGGGUUGGUUGUUCGGUGAUACCUGUUCUAGGUUUAAAGCUCUUUAGGCAUUGUGCUGCCGAGGAUUUGGCAUCAUAUAAUCAUUCCUAUGCUGUAUUUUGUGUUUCCCAUCUUUUUUGUUUUUUCUUGCAUUAACUUGGAUUUUCAGGUUGAACAGUGUUAUGCGUGUAAUAUUUUCUGUUCUCUAUUUUAAGAAAGAGGGUUAUGAAUAA